AUGUAUCAUAAUGUUUAUCGUAAAGUACACGAUGCUUAUCCGCUUGUUCACGACGAUUAUGCAGCAUUACAUGCACAAUAUUGGGCUAAUCAUUUGGCCAGUACACUGUCAUGUAUCAGUCACGAUCCAGCUAAGCGGUUUGGUGAGAAUAUCUUCUUUUACGCGGCAACAGUUUUACCAAGUGAAACAGUUCUUGCAAAAAUGACUGUUCAUAGUUUUUUCAUUGAGUCAAAAGACUACAACUAUAAUAACCAUGAAAACUUGGAUUAUCAUACCAGAGGUCAUUUCACGCAACUAGUCUGGAGAAGCACAAAGAAACUUGGAAUCGGUGUUGCUAUAGCAUAUUCUAGUGGCAAUCAUGGUAAUCCAUGUAUGCCAAAUUUUCCAGCUACUGCUAUUUACGUGGUCAUCAAAUAUGAUCCACCAGGGAAUGUACAUUCACUACGUCACUACAGUAACAACGUGCUACCGCCAACGAUUCCAAUCUCUCAUUUAUUAAGCGAUGUCCAAUUCUGGUAG